AUGUUCUUGAUUUGCACGCCAAUUUGGUCUCCGAUUCUUACGUUUAGCACUUUUGUUGGCACCGCAUCCGGAAACGGCGACACCCUGACGAUUCAAAAGGCUUUCACGGCGUACUCUCUUUUGAUUCUCGUGAACCAGCCUCUGGUUGGUAUCGUCAUGGGUUUGCCCAUUCUCGCAGCCGCCCUUGCGUCUUUCCAGAGAAUACAAGACUUCUUGAACGGAAAUGAGCGAAGCGACAACAGACUCAUCACAGACAGCCCCGAGCGGGAUGUCAAAACCUUGGCAGGAAAACUCACUUCUCAGAGCCCAGCAGGAAAGAGUGUGCCGAUACAGGAUCUCGAGCUUUUCGAGAUGCAAAAGAGCGGCUCUGAUGGCUUCAAUCUUGCUAAAAACGUCGUCAUUUCUAUAAACGGAACGUUCUCGUGGUCAGACGACUCCAAACCUGUCAUCGACAUUGAAAACUGGAAUGUCAAGCGAGGUGCCUUCACCUUGAUUCUGGGGCCUGUCGGGUGUGGGAAGUCAACGCUUCUCAAGGCCCUCCUCGGUGAACUUUCGUCAUUCAAGGGAGCGAUACAUUCCAACUUCGCCAGCAUCACAUACUGUGGUCAGACGGCGUGGAUACCCAACGAUACGGUGCGGAACAUCAUCGUCGGUCACAAGGCCUUUGAUCCGUCCUGGUAUCAGACGGUCGUCAGGGCCUGUGCUUUGGAGAAGGAUAUCUCUAGCUGGCCAAAGGGAGAGAACACCGUAGCUGGAACAAAGGGGAUUUCUAUGAGUGGUGGUCAGAAACAUCGGCUGGCUAUUGCGCGAGCUUUGUAUGCAAGACAAGAACUGAUGCUUCUCGAUGAUGUGUUCAGCGGCCUAGACUCUACCACUGAAGAAAUCGUCUUUAGCAGUCUUUUCGGUAGCGAAGGCUUGCUUCGGAAUACUGACACGACUGUUGUGCUGGCAUCCUCUGAUUCCGGGAAACCUGCGAGGAGCCAGAUCCCUGGCAAAGAAACUGUCCAGUCAACCAAUUUGCCCAAGGGUGCGCCUCGUCAAGCAGAGAAUCGCAACGAUAUGCCAACAGCUACAGUCUUGGAUAUGCUCGAGGACCAGGCGGACGCCACGCGUCAGCUCGGCGACUGGGGGAUGUACAGAUUCUACGCCAAGGGAGCUGGUUGGCUCAGCUUGACUACCUUCGCCAGUGCCAUGGUUGUAUUCGCCUUUUAUAUUUGGCUCAAGUGGUGGGCGGAGUCGAACGAGACGAGGCCGAAUCAAGACCUUGGCAAGUGGCUUGGUGUAUAUGCUGCGCUCGGGGUCGGAUCAGGAGUGUCUGUUCUUUUCGGCAUGUGGCAACUCUUCAUCGUCAUCAUCAACAAGUCGGGCGUCUAUUUCCAUGGUGCCUUGCUGGACACCACGUCUCGUGCACCAAUGUCAUUCCAUAGCUCCGUAGACAGCGGUAUUACAGUCAACAGAUUCAGCCAGGACCUCCAACUUAUUGACAUGGAACUGCCAUCUGCCGCACUUGGGCUAGCCAUUGGUUUGCACACCUAUCUCCCUCGCAACAAGCUUUACGUCAUCUAA